GAUAAAAAGCGAUCGAUGUUUGCGAAGAUAAAAAAAGUCUUCCAAUUAAAGUCCAAAGCUAAGACGCAUAAAACCGCAGGCAAACCAGGCGCGCAGUGCAAAUGUGUCUGGCUGGAACGAAAGUGCAUCUCUUGCUUUGAUUCAUUGGAAUAUUUUCUAGCCACCAUCAGAGGAAGAACGGAUUUCAGUGAGGGUGGUGGGAUGAAAGAGAAGCUGCAGGCGGGUGCAGAGCUGUUGGCGCCGCCGAGCGCCCACGAGCUGGCGCCGCCGUCGGCCGCCGUCACCAUCGGCCACAAUCGCAAGAAGCCGCACAUGUUGCCGCCCAUCGCCGACAGACGCGUCGCUUCGAUGGAGUUGGCGAUGCAGCGCGGAAGUCCGCCGCCGUCGUGGCGUCGUCCGAGCGUCGACGAAAUGCUGCAGGGCGGCGCCGACCGGCCGGCCGUGUGCGUCAGUCGGUGUCCCGAGGUGCCGCAGGACGAGGCCAAAAGCACCACCCUCGGCCCCAACAAGUACGCGCCCCUCGACCCCAUCAAGAAGAAGACGAAGACUGCCCCCUGAGAAAUUAAUCAACCCUUUAUUCCUUCAACCCUUAAAUAUGAUAAGCACUCCAACCUUUAAUCAAAAAAUCCUCGUGUUUGGCUGAUUUUCGCGUUGGUUGAUAAAUAUAUAUAUAUAUAUAUAUAUAUAUAAAAAAAUGCUUUAAAUCAUGAAACAGAAAAGGCGACUUAU